AUGGCAUUUAUCAAGCAAGAAAAUUUAAAAUAUCUUACAGAAUCUAAAUAUAACACCUCAGGAAGCUCGUGACUAGAUAAUAAACUUAAUCCAUUUUGGAGCUGGUUUGCUGAACUCUUGCCAAGAUCAAUUGCUCCAAAUCUCAUUACAUUGCUUGGCUUUAUAUGCAUUAUUUUAUCGUACAUUCUAAUGCUACCAUUUGGCACAACAUUUGAAGAGCCCAUCCCUCCAAUAAUUCUAUUUAUCUCAGCAUUUAUGAUAUUUAUGUAUCAAACUUUUGACGCAAUUGAUGGGAAGCAAUCACGAAGAAUUAACCAAUCAUCUCCUCUAGGAAUGCUACUGGAUCAUGGCUGUGACUCAUUGACAACCUCGUUUAUUGCUCUUACUUUACUGCAAGGGAUGUCGCUAGGUCUUAAUAAGCAUACAAUAUAUAUGUAUAUAGGGGCCCAAACAAGCUUUUUUUUGAUAACGUGAGAAGAAUACCAUACCCAUUGCUGCAGAACACAAUUUAUGAAUUGGGGCGUCACUGAAGCCCAAUAUAUGUCCAUAAUGGUGCUAGUUAUUACAGCAAUUUUUGGGCCUGGCAUAUGGCAGGCAAAUAUAAUUGGCGGUAUUACCGUUGCUGAAAUUGUCCUUCAUAUUAAUAUGGGCAUUGCAAAUUUAGCAAAUAUUUUUGUUUUGUUCAAUGUAUUUAAGAACUCUCAAAAGAAAAGAGAAACCAUUAAAUCAUUGAUACCUGUGUUUAUUAUGGAUAUGAAUAUGGUUCUUAUAGCAUCGAAAAGCAUGAUGGCGAAUUAUGCUCCAAUAAUAAUGAUCAUGCAUGGGCUGAUAUUUUCUGAAUUAUGCAUAAAGCUAAUUAUUUCAAGCGUGUCCAAAAUGACAUUCGAAUGGUUUCAAGCUGAAUUAGUUAUAGAGUUUAUAUUUGCAGCUGCAGUGCUUAUCUUGGACAAGCAAUCGGUUUUUGUUGCAGUUGUUGCCUUUUUAGUAUGCAUUGUUUGAAGAUAUAGUUUUUUUGUAUGGAAUGUUGUAUAUCAAAUUAGUGAAUAUUUAAAUAUACCAGUUUUUAAGGUGAAAGCAAGCUAA